AUGCCCUCGUGCUCUAUUAAAGAGUGUGGUGCAAGAAAAAACAAUAAUCAUCCUACAUUGACUCUUCACAGAUUUCCUGCCAGCCAAAUCCUUCCAAAAACCAUGCUUGACUCACAACCUACUUCAAGUGCAAUGGUUCAACAAGAAAGUUCAACAAGUUCACAAAAAGAAAAAAUAAAGAUUCUCACAGAAAAGUGUGAUAUUCUACAAAGAAAAGUUAGGAGUUUAAAUGAAAAGGUCCGGAGACGUGAUCAAAAGAUUGCACGAUGCUCUGAAAUCAUCAAGCAUCUUAAGGAAAAGAAAUUCAUCAACACCGAAGAGAGUCUCAUUUUGGAAGAAUGUGCAGGACCUGAAGAUUUUCUAACACGGCAAAUUUCAAAAUCUAGAGGUCUGCCUUUAGAAAAAAAGUAUUCAGAGGAAUUAAGGAAAUUUGCCCUUACACUUCAUUUUUACUCCCCCAAAGCGUACGAAUUUAUAAGAAAGAACUACAACACUUGUUUGCCACACACUCGCACAUUAAGCAAAUGGUACCAACAUAUAGAUGUUGAACCAGGCUUUACAAAAGAAGCUUUUGACACAUUAAAUAGAAAAGUCAAAGAAACAGUGCACCCUGUAAUUUGCGCCUUAACACUAGAUGAAAUGUCUAUUAGAAAAUGUUUAACCUGGAAUCCGAUGGCACAAAAAUUUUAUGGUCGUGUUGAUCUUGGUCAUGAUGUAAACAGUGAUAGUGUGGAAGAGGCCAGCCAAUGCUUGGUUUUAUUAUUAACAGCCAUAAAUGGUUCAUGGAAAUUACCAAUUGGAUAUUUUCUUAUCGUAUCGCUUACCGGGGAACAGAAGGCGACACUUGUUCGAACAGCAAUACAAUUGUGUCAAGUUGCUGGAGUAAAAGUCAUCAGUGUCACUUGUGAUGGUCUAGCUGGGAAUUUCAGCAUGUUUACAUCUUUAGGUUGUAAUGUUCUGAGGGAACAAACAUUGACCAAUUUUAAAAGCCACGAUAGUAUAGUCCAUAUAUUCAUUGACCCAUGCCAUGCUGUAAAAUUAGUGAGGAAUGCUUUUGGAGAAUUGAGAGUCUUCAUUGACCCAAUGGGUCGAGAAAUAAAUUACAAAUAUUUGGAGCUCCUUCUAGGUUUACAACAAGAGAAAGGUCUUCAUCUAGCUACUAAAAUUGGUAAAGCACAUAUUUUUUUUCAGAAACAAAAAAUGAAGGUGAAGCUCGCAACACAAUUAUUUAGCAGUUCCGUGGCAGAUGCCCUUGAAUUUUGCCGCAACCAAUUAAAAUUAAAAAUAUUUGAAGACUGCAGUGGAACUGUAAAUUUUAUAAACAUAAUGAACCACGUGUUUGAUGUACUCAAUAGCCACUCUAUUCGUCCACCUUGUUGGAAAAAAGCUAUGUGCCCUCAAAACAUUGGCUUUAUAAGAGCGCUGUUUGAAAGUACUAUUGAGUAUCUAAAGAGUUUGAAACUUAUUACGGGAGAGCUCUUAGUAGAGUCACGGCGAAAGACCGGAUUUAUUGGUUUGAUAAUAAAUAUGAAAAGUGCGUUAGCACUUUAUGAGCACUUGGUAGAGGAUACACAAAUACUUAAAUUCGUCCCACUGUACAAAAUUAGCCAGGACCAUCUGGAAUUAUUUUUCUCAGCUAUUAGAGCUAGAGGUGGCUUUAACAAUAACCCUAAUGCUGUACAAUUUCGCGCAGCAUACAAAAAACUUCUAAUAAGAGCUGAGAUAAGAGAGGGCGGAAUUGGUAACUGCAUUACUCUGGAGCAGAUAAAUAUACUCACAUGCUCAAGCAAAAACCCAGUUAAUGCAAUAAAUGAACUAUCGCAACAAACUGACUUCGUCGAAAUACCUGAAGAUGAUAGUGAUCUCUACAAUACAUACAUGGAGUAUUUAGAAAGUACGGACCUAGACGAAUACACACAAAGGGUGUUAGAAUAUAUUGCAGGUUUCGUGACGCGGAAGUUGUCUCAAACGAUAAAAUGUGUCACCUGUGUAUCACUAAUGUUAGGGGAUGAAAAUCCAGACAGCUUGAUUUACCAGAAGUCCCGAGGUGGUCUUCAGUAUGCGUCUGUUGCAGUUCCGAUACCAUGCAAAAAAGGUGACAGAUAA